AUGCCCUUUCGAUCGGUCGGGAGCGCGCCCUACCUGCUCCCGCCACAAACUACCUCGUCGGGUCCUAUUGACCGGGAUUCACCAAUAAUACUACCAAAUAAAAUAUUUACUCUGGGUUUGGUUCGAAACGGCUCCGCGCACUGCACCGCGCCCACAUCUAGCAGCACUCGUGCCUCAACAAACAAACAAACAGUGCAGCGCAUACAACUAGCUAGUCUCCAGCCCGGCCCCGCGGCGGACGAGGCAGACGGGGCG